AUGCUCAAAGGCCGACGGCCCUGUAAACGCGAGCGAUGGUGCAAAAAGAUAGAUUGGCGUAGACGGUUGAGUGGCUGCGAGAGCAAUACGUGGUGGCCGGAUCCCCCGUAUAUGGAGGACGUUAGUUGCAUCAAGCCUUUUACUGGGUGGGGACUGGAUAUCUGGUGUGAUGGAGAGGCGGCUGACGUAGGUGCGACAGUGGCAAACGUGGUAAAUUUGUUGGUAUUUAUCAUGGAAAAGCGAAAAAAGAGCGAUUCGAGUCUAGGGGUUUCUCUUACAAAGCGACUUGAGGGUAGCUGGCAAAUUGAGAAGUACCCGUCUAGCUCAGUUAUUAGAGCGCUGGCCUUUUAA